AUGUCUCAGCCACCCCUGCUCGCUGUCUUAUGCGUCUAUGCGUUCAUGCCAUACCCAGUACUGGUACUGGUCUACGGGUACGUAUGGGGCUUUUGGGAGCAAUUGUGCCAGGCUCUUGGAGACGAAGCGGAUGCUCAGUACGACGGUGUAAUUCGAACCAUUCUGGCGAAACCCGAGCAGUUCAUCAGAAUGGCAUGA